CAUUACUUUGGAAGCAGAGAGAUAGGGAGCAGGUUACAGAGAAAUCACUGGCACGUCAUUCCUCUGUUUAGUUUCUGUAUGCUUUUUUUUUGAGUCAGUUACACUUGUAGUGAGAUGAUCAAAUUACUUCAUUCUUCUGUUUUGGAAUGGUUGGACAUAAAGACUUUUUUGAUUUUCCUCUGUGUUUUCUUGGUACUUGCCGACCUCCUGAAAAACAAAACUCCAAAGAAUUUUCCUCCUGGACCUUGGUCAUGGCCUUUCAUUGGCAACAUGUUUCAAUUUGAUCCUGCUAAGAUGCAUCUUCAGUUUGAAGAGUGUGAAAAAAAAUAUGGAAAGAUUUUCAGCCUUCGAAUUCCAUCAGCAAACCAAGGGCCAAAGUGGGUUAUUCUGAGUGGAUACGAGAUGGUGAAAGAGGCCUUGGUCCACAAUGGCGACAGUUUUGUCGAUCGUCCCUCCAUUCCCUUAUUUGAAGAUAUAUAUAUUGGAAGUCAAGCAAUGGGAAGUAAAGGUGUGAUUAUGUCGAACGGGUAUCCAUGGAAGCAACAGAGGAGGUUUGCUCUCUCUACACUGAGAAACUUUGGACUGGGCAAGAAGAGUCUGGAGCCAUCCAUCCAGAUUGAAGCGCAGUGUUUGAAUGAAGCCAUUCAGAGUGAACAAGGAAAACCCUUCAGCCCCCAGAUACUGAUGAACAAUGCUGUUUCCAAUGUGAUCUGCUGUCUUGUGUUUGGUGACCGCUUUGAAUACAGCGAUGACCAAUUCCAAACCCUCCUGAAAACAAUGAAUGAGAUUAUUUACUUGGAAGGGGGCUUUUGGGCCGGGAUGUAUAACAUGAUGCCGUGGGUCAUGCGUCGGGUUCCUGGUCCUCACAGAAGGAUCUUCACUGGCUGGAAGGAGGUCAUCUCCUUCAUCAACAUCAGGAUUCAGGAGCACAUGAAGGACAACGACCCCUCGGCACCAAGAGACUUCAUCGACUGCUUCCUCAACGAGAUAGAGAAGUGUGAAGAUGACACAAGGGCUGGGUUUAACUUGGAGAACUUGUCAUUCUGCACUCUGGAUCUAUUUGUGGCUGGGACAGAGACCACCUCUACCACCCUCCAUUGGGGCCUUCUCUUUAUGAUCAACUACCCGGAGAUACAAGCCAAGGUGCAGGCAGAGAUCGAUGCAGUUGUUAGGUCGUCGCGGCAGCCCUCCAUGGAAGACAGGAACCGCAUGCCCUACACAGACGCAGUCAUCCAUGAGACACAGAGGAUGGGGAAUAUCAUACCGCUCAACGUAUCCCGCAUGGCCACUAAAGACACUGAGGUUGGAGGAUACACCAUCCCUAAGAACACCAUUGUGCUUGGCACCCUCCAGUCGAUCCUGUUUGAUGAGUCAGAGUGGGAGACCCCUCACACCUUCAACCCUGGACACUUCCUGGAUCAGGAGGGCAAGUUCAGGAAGAGAGACGCAUUCCUUCCAUUCUCUUUAGGUAAGAGGGUGUGUCCUGGGGAGCAGCUAGCCAAGAUGGAACUCUUCCUGUUCUUCACCUCCCUGCUGCAGAGGUUCACCUUCUUCUCUCCCCCAGGGGUGGAACCCAGCCUGGACUUUCAGAUGGGGGUUACACACAGUCCCAAGCCUUACCAGCUGUGUGCAACACCUCGAUGAGUCUUCCACAGCUGCCCUAUUCAUUAUGUUGCUGGGGUUUAAAAAUUAAUUAUUGGAGGGCCAAGUGUCUGAAGGUUUUCACACCUCCCUUGUACUUGAUUGAUCAACUAAGGUAAUUGAUUGAAACUUCCUUUGCCUGGUUGCUUAGGUUUUAAAUUGACACAAAUUAACACCAAACAACUGAAAAGGCUGCAGAUGGAGAAAACACACUCACGUAAUGACACUACACAUACCAAUAAUACUCUACAUAUCAAGAUGUCAAACCAUAUGUUGUAGUCCUAGAUUAAACUUGAAUAAGAAGAACAUUUUUGAUAAUGUAGGAGUGUUUUAGAUUUUCAAUGUAAAUGUACAUAAUUUACAAUGUAAACAUACUACAUGUCUUUCAUGUAUAUGGCAUAUCUGAAUGUAUUUGACCCAUGGUCUGGUGGAUUGUGAUUUCUUCUGUACCUUUUUAUUUUCUAUCAAGGCACUAUACACUACAAUAUGCACUUCGUGUUUUUCUUUAUUUUUACUAUUUUCUACAUUGUAGAAUAAUAGUGAUGACAUCAAAACUAUAAAAUAACACAUAUGGAAUCAUGUAGUAACCAAACGAGUGUUAAACAAAUAUUAUUUAAUUUUUCAGAUUCUUCAAAUAGCCACCCUUUGCCUUGAUGACAGCGUUGCACACUCUUGGCAUUCUCACAACCAGCUUAAUGAGGUAGUCACCUGGAAUGCAUUUCAAUUAACAGGUGUUCCUUCUUAAAAGUUAAUUUGUGGAAUUUAUUUCCUUCCUAUUACUUUAACAGAACGUUUCCUAAAAGUUCAAACAUGAUUACAUUUCAUUUCAAUUAUGGUAAUGUUCUAUGAACGUUCUCCAACUGUUCUGACAUUGGGAAUGUUCUCAAAUAGUUCAGAGAAUGUUAUCAAUGUUCUUCUGUGGGAAUUUCAGUAAUGUUUCCAUAUGGUUCUAUUUAAAGUCAUGUUCUUAAAUUGUUCCGAGAAUGUUAAGAAAACAUUCCAUAAAAUAUAUACAUUCAUCAUUAACAAAACUCUCUUUAUCUGCUAUCUUGUUAAGUGUGUUCAGGUGUGUUGGCCCACUAAUUGGCCACACCGUAUAAAAUAAGAUGUUACUGGUCACAUACACAUGGUUAGCAGAUGUUAUUGCGAGUGUAGCGAAAUGCUUAUUCUAGAUCUGACAGUGCAGCAGUAUCUAAGAGGUAAUAUCUAACAAUUCCACAACAAAACCUAAUAUCUAACACAUUUCACAACAAAACCCAAUACACACAAUCUAGUAAAGGAAUGGGUAAGACUAUAUAAGUAUAAAAUAUAUGGAUGAGCAGUGACAGACAGAGUGGCUAAGAUGCAAUAGAUAGUGAAGGAUACAGUAUACAUUAUAUACAUGAAAUGAGUAAUGCGAGAUAUGUAUCUCAAUGAGUGCUUGGCUCCUUUGAAAUGGGUCCAUUUGAAUAGACUAAAAUGACCAGCUUUGUAUGCAUAAAAAGAACAUAGCAUGUUGGAUCCAUCAGUGGACUAAUUCCAUGGAUAGAGAAUAGAAGUUUAGAGGUUUGAAUCUCACUGCUGUGUCACAAUAAAAAAAAGUGUGUUA